AGCACUUCCGGAGUCGCCCAGCAGUUUGGCGUGGUGGUGCCGCUGAGGUCCUUCCCUCGGCUCGCGUGGGCCGGGCUGCGAGGCUCGGCUUUCCGGCUCUCAUGGCCGGCCUGACUCUGUUCGUGGGCCGCCUCCCGCCCUCGGCCCGCAGCGAGCAGCUGGAGGAGCUGUUCAGUCAGGUGGGGCCGGUGAAGCAGUGCUUCGUGGUGACCGAGAAAGGGAGUAAGACAUGUCGAGGCUUUGGCUAUGUCACUUUCUCUAUGCUGGAAGAUGUUCAAAGGGCCCUCAAGGAGAUUACUACCUUUGAAGGAUGCAAGAUCAGCGUGACUGUUGCUAAGAAAAAACUGAGGAAUAAGCCCAAGGAAAAGAGGAAAAAUGAAAAUUCAGAGUCCCCAAAGAAGGAGCUGAAGCCUAAGAAAGCCAAAAUGGCAGAUAAGAAAGCCCGGUUAAUUAUUCGGAAUCUGAGCUUUAAGUGUUCAGAAGAUGACUUGAAAACUGUAUUUGCUCAAUUUGGUGCUGUUCUGGAAGUAAAUAUCCCAAGGAAGCCAGAUGGAAAGAUGCGUGGCUUUGCUUUUGUUCAGUUCAAAAACCUCCUAGAAGCAGGAAAAGCCCUCAAAGGCAUGAACAUGAAAGAGAUAAAAGGACGGACUGUGGCUGUGGAUUGGGCUGUGGCAAAAGACAAAUAUAAAGAUACCCAGGCUGUUCCUGCCCCAGAUGAAGAGAAGAACUGUACAGUACCUAAACAUGAGAAACCAGCUACAAAGAAUACAGUGUUGGAAGAGGAUGAUAAGGAUGUUGAUGAUGAGGAUGUUGAUGAUGAGGAUGAUGAUGAUGAAGAGGAUGAUGAUGAUGAAGAAGAUGAUGAUGAAGAUGAAGAGGAGACUAGAGAACCAAAGAUUACACAACACAUGCAGAAUCACAAUAGAAGAGCGGCUCCAGCUGGAAGCAGCGAGGAGGACCAAUCUGAUGAGGACAGUGACUCGGAGGAAGGAGGUCGAGUUGAUGAAGAAGAGGAACUCCAGAGCAGCUCUGAAGAGGAAGGAGAGGACAAAGGUGUACAAGCCUUAAAGCAGAAGAAGAGGAAAUUACCCUCUGAUGUGAAUGAAGGGAAAACAGUUUUUAUCAGAAACUUGUCAUUUGACUCAGAGGAGGAAGAACUUGGGGAGCUCCUCCAGCAGUUUGGAGAUCUUAAAUAUGUUCGUAUUGUCUUACAUCCAGACACAGAGCAUUCUAAAGGUUGUGCAUUUGCACAGUUUACGACUCAAGAAGCUGCUCAGAAAUGCCUUGCAGCUGCUUCUCCAGAUACUGAGGGUGGUGGGCUUAAACUGGAUGGCCGGCAGCUCAAGAUUGACCUGGCUGUUACCCGUGAUGAGGCUGCAAAGCUUCAGAAAAAGAAAGUGAAGAAGCCAACCGGGACCCGCAACCUGUAUCUGGCUCGAGAAGGCUUGAUCCGUGCUGGGACGAAGGCUGCCGAGGGUGUGAGUGCUGCGGAUAUGGCCAAACGAGAGCGGUUUGAGCUACUGAAGCAUCAGAAACUCAAGAACCAGAAUAUAUUUGUCUCCCAGACAAGGAUCUGCCUACACAAUCUCCCAAAGUCUGUGACUGACCAACAGCUCAGGAAGCUACUCCUGAGUGCCACUAGAGGGGAGAAAGGUGUGCGCAUUAAGGAGUGUAGGGUGAUGCGAGACCUUAAAGGGGCCCAAGGAAAAGGGAAGGGCCAGUCUCUGGGCUAUGCCUUUGCAGAGUUCCAGGAGCAUGAGCAUGCCCUGAGAGCGCUCCGCCAUAUCAACAACAAUCCAGAAGUCUUUGGGCCUCAGAAGAGACCAAUAGUGGAGUUUUCUCUGGAAGAUCGAAGAAAACUUAAAAUGAAGGAACUAAGGAUCCAGAGAGGCUUGCAAAAAAUGAAAUCGAAGCCUUCAAAUGAUAAGUCCCCAAAGAAACAAAAAGAACCUGGAAAAGACAAGAAGCAGAAGGCAGUUCAGAACCACCCUCUAGAACAAAACAAGGCUCCCCGAGAACAGCCCAGGAAGGCCGGUUCCACUGCGUGGACAGGGUUUCAGACCAAGGCCGAAGUGGAGCAGGUAGAGCUGCCUGAUGGGAAGAAGAGAAGAAAGGUCCUGGCGCUCCCCUCACAUCGAGGCCCCAAGAUCAGGUUGCGGGACAAAGGCAAGGUGAAAUCCCUCCCUCCUAAGAAAUCAAAACCCCAGGUAAACAAGAGGAAGCAAGAGAAGCAGCAGUUGUCUUCCAUGCAGGUACCUAAGAAAAAGACUAAGGGAAACAAGGCAGAAACCCACUUCAACCAGUUAGUUGAACAAUACAAGCAGAAAUUGUUGGGACCUUCUAAAGGAGCACCUCUAGCAAAGAGGAGCAAAUGGUUUGAUAGUUGAUGAUAGCAGAAGACUGGGUAAGAAGCCCAGUGUGUGUUUCCUCCUGGUGUUAGCCCACCCCCACGUCCCACUGAGAGAAGGAAGGUACCAGAUGGCACCUUCUCUGUUGGCGACUUCGUGGGCUGUGCACAUCUGAACUUCAGUCUCUCCUGGUGUAUGGUUGAUUUACCACAAAAACAUGUCCAGAAAAAUCUUGCAUAUUUCCCGGAUUAUUGUAUGAAAUUGUGUAUAUGAUGGUUGCCUAUUUUUACUCUGCUUCUCUAAUGGAAAUAAGUGUAAAAGGCAUUCUUUUAAAGAUCUAUAUUUUAUUAAAUGUCCUCUAAAUGAGAAAUUGUGUGGCUUUUUGAAUAAUAGACUAAUUUCUAAUAAAUGUGAAUCCUUUCAUUACUUA